GUACUAUUUAAUACAGUUGGCCUUUUUUCCAGUGACUUCACCCAUGGCUAUCCACGUGAAAUAACCGCCUAAAACAAGUACCAAGCAUACCUAUAAACUGCCACUACGAAUCUGUUAUCAGCAUUACAAGCCAUGGGGCGCACAUCAGCUCAGCCCACAAAAUGUGGCGCAUCCCUUUGACCAAAAAAGCCUUUUGUUUAUCCAUUGUCACGCGCAUUGUCGGAUACAAAAAAAAAAGUAAAGGCCGCCACAAUCCCGCACACCGGACGCGCUAAGCCUCUCAGAUGCAGAAAGCGUGACUUGGUUUGGAGUUUUUGAAUUUGGAGAGGAGGCUUUAUCACAAUGAAGGGCCCGCUCCAUCCACUUGCUCCUUCUCUCUUCCAUUUGUAUACACAAAAAUGGCUCGCGGUCCCAAGAAACACAUGAAGCGCUUGAACGCUCCCAAGCACUGGAUGCUUGACAAGCUUUUGGGUUCUUAUGCCCCCAAGCCCAGCUCUGGUCCCCACAAGACCCGCGAGUGCUUGCCUUUGAUCAUCUUCCUUCGUAACCGUUUGAAGUAUGCUCUCAAUGGCCGCGAAACCCAAGCCAUCUUGAUGCAGCGCUUGGUCAAGGUUGACGGCAAAGUCCGUACCGAUUCCACCUUCCCUGCCGGUUAUAUGGAUGUCAUCUCCAUUGAAAAGACUGGUGAGAACUUCCGUCUCGUCUAUGACGUUAAAGGUCGCUUCGCCAUCCACCGCAUCACCGAUGAAGAGGCCAAGUACAAGCUGUGCAAGGUCAAGAAGGUGAUGGUCGGUGCCAAGGGUAUCCCCUACAUCGUCACCCACGACGGUCGUACCAUCCGUUAUCCCGAUCCUUUGAUCAAGGCCAACGACACCAUCAAGUUCGACAUUGAGCAAAACAAGAUCACCGAUUUCGUCAAGUUCGAUAUUGGCAACGUUGUCAUGGUCACUGGCGGUCGUAACAUUGGCCGUGUUGGUAUGCUCGUUCACCGUGAACGUCACACUGGUGGUUUCGAAAUUGUCCACGUCAAGGAUGCUCUUGACCGUGUCUUCGCCACCCGUAUCUCCAACGUCUUCACCAUCGGACAAGGCAACAAGCCCUGGAUCUCUCUCCCCAAGGGUAAGGGUGUCAAGUUGACCAUUGCCGAAGAACGUGACCGCAGAAGAGCCGCUGCUGCCGCUGCCCACUAAGCUGCUGGCAACCCUUUCGUUUUUCCCCGUUCCCAUCAUAGUCUAAACUUUUCGUUGAGUUUGGGGUAUAACAAACAAGAAAAAAAUAAAGAUUCCUCGCCUUGAUGUGUCUUUAGAACGACCGCAUAUAUCCUGCACGCUUCACCUUAUUCA